AUGAUGUUCCUUCUCAAUGACACCCAGUUUCAUCCCUCCUCCUUCUUGCUUCUGGGGAUCCCAGGACUAGAAACCCUUCACAUCUGGAUUGGCUUUCCCUUUUGUGCUGUGUACAUGAUUGCACUCAUAGGGAACUUCACUAUUCUCUUGGUGAUCAAGUCUGAAAACAGCCUUCACCAGCCCAUGUUCUACUUCCUGGCCAUGUUGGCUACUACUGACUUGGGCCUCUCCACGGCUACCAUCCCCAAGAUGCUUGGGAUCUUCUGGUUUAACCUCAGAGAAAUAAUCUUUGGUGCCUGCCUCACCCAGAUGUUUUUCAUUCACAACUUCACUGGCAUGGAGUCAGCAGUCCUCUUGGCAAUGGCUUAUGACCGCUAUGUGGCCAUCUGCAACCCACUACGUUAUAGCACCAUCCUUACCAACAAGGUUGUUUCUGUGAUUGGUCUUGGUAUGUUAGUAAGGGAAUUUAUUUUUGCCAUUCCAUUUGUAUUCCUCAUUUUGCGACUGCCCUUCUGUGGGAAUCACUUCAUUCCGCACACAUACUGUGAACACAUGGGCCUUGCUCGUCUGUCUUGUGCGAGUAUCAAGGUCAAUAGCAUCUAUGGCUUAUGUGCGAUUUCAAUCCUAGUUUUUGACAUCAUAGCCAUUUCCCUUUCUUAUGUUCAGAUACUCCAUGCUGUUUUCCGUCUUCCCUCUCAUGAGGCUCACCUCAAAUCCCUCAGCACAUGUGGUUCACAUGUUUGUGUAAUCCUUGCCUUCUACACGCCAGCCCUCUUUUCCUUUCUGACGCAUCGGUUUGGCAAAAAUGUCCCCCGCUAUAUCCAUAUACUCCUGGCCAAUCUGUAUGUUGUAGUGCCACCAAUGCUCAAUCCUGUCAUAUAUGGAGUCAGAACCAGGCAGAUCUAUGACUCUGUGAAGAAAGUACUAGUACAAAAAUAG